AUGUCUUCGACAAGAAAAAGAUUAUCACGCUUAAAUCAACGAAUAUCACAUGCAUAUAGUCGACAAGCAGCUUUACAUGCUGUAAUUGAUGUUUUUAAUUAUGCCGGUGCACAUGUUUCGGUACCGACAUCAUCAUCAUUAUCUACUAUAACUAGUACUCCAUCUGCAUCUUCUUCAUUACUUUUAUCAACAUCACCAUUACCACCAACUGUUUCAACCGACAAGAAGUCUUGUAUCUCUUCAUCAUCAUCUUUAUCGUCAUUAUCAGAUUAUUGUGACAACGAUGAUAAUGAUUCUCUAUGUUCUAUUGAUGCUGAAAUAUUCAAUUCAAUCAACAUAGAAAGUUCAGAAAAUGUUUUCACAAACUUUUCUAUCGAUUCUGAUUUUGACAAUCCUUCAACACCUUUCAGUUCAAAAGAAAUAUCUGUAUUACUGAUUGAAUUGCGAUGUCGGCAUUCCUUAACCAAGUCCUGUAUGACACAUAUUUGUCAACUUUUACAACUAUUGCAAGUGCCGAAUGCUCCACUUAGUUUUGAUAGUGUUGAGUCUCAAGUUCUUUGUGCUUAUCAAUCAACAACUUUUCCCACACAAAGCAUCGUAUGUCCCUCUUGUUAUCAAAGAUCUUCGAAUUUAAAACGAUGUACACAUACACAUGGUUGCGCAUCACAAUACUCUUUCAUUCGUUCACCAACUAUUAACUAUACUCUUGCUCUUGAGCCACAAGUGCGUUCGAUUCUUGAAAAAAAUCAAAUUGUUUUUCCAAGACUCAAUCAUGAUUCUAUUUCGGAUAUAACUAAUGGACAAGUUUAUAAAAAGUUACUCAAGAAAGAAAAAACACCAUUUGUAACCUUGUUGAUGAACUCUGAUGGUGGUUUAAUUAAAACAAUUUCAAAAUCAAUAUGGUUAACGAGCUUUGUAGUAAAUGAAUUACCUCGAGCAGCAAAGAUGUUGAAACUUCUUUUGUCAAAACCAUCUGGCACGGCUGGUAUAUCAGAUGCUAUGACUGUAUAUAAUAAAAUAGAUCAUAUUGCUGAAAUUAUCAAUUCAAUAUCAUAUCCGUCAACAACGUACCGACAACCAAGAGAUAUUCGUCUGUUUAGAAAAUUCAAAGGAAAUGAAUUUAGAAUUAUUUUGUUGUUUGGUUAUUCGUGA